UCUCUGUCUCUCUCUCUCUCUCUCUCUCUCUCUCUCUCUCUUUAUCACGUUCUUAAUUUUGUCUUUUCCUCCAUCUUCUUCUUUUGUUUCUUGUCCCCAUGCUACCUAUUAGUGGUGUACCUUUGGUCUGCCGACUGUGAUUCUCAGAUCGAGCCGGGUGACUUUUUGUCGCAUGCUCCCUGCGAUCGUCCCCCAAAAGUAUAAGCAGAGCCCACAACCCGCUUUCUUGCUUGCCGCAACCUGCGCCGUUCACUCCUGAUUUUCCCCACAAUCACGCGCAUAGGCCGCACUCUCCAUAGUCGGUUUGCCGCCACCCACCACCCUCUCGGCCGCUCCCAAAGAUAGUCGAGGACUUGAUCGGAACCUCUGCGCACGCCGAUUUUACCACCACUGGCAUUUAAACAGCCAGACAAUCGCCAGAGUUGGAGGCUUACGACACGUUGCCGGCGGUCGCCAAUACAUAGGUACCGCUGUUUGGUACACAGAAAAGAGGUGAAUUGAAGCUCGAAGGGGGUUUCAAGGAAUGUCACUCGACGAUCGAUCUUUUUUCGGCUCAUGAAAUUUAGGCCAACGCAAUUGGUGCCCGUCAGUCGUUCAUCAAUCACAUGAGCCUGCUUCACAACUCGAACAAACAGGUUCGCGAAAAUGGCAGACAUGGAUCAGCGACCAGUUUCUCAGAAGCUGCCGGCAGGGCUAGCUGGCGUCCUCAAUCGACCCGAGGAAAACCGGGAUUCUGCAUACUAUUCGAGCACGGAUAGUAAACACAAUUCAACAACUUCUUGCCUUGGCGUAGGCAUGUUAACCCCUCGCGACUCGACAGGCGCGCCGCCAUCCGCCCACACAAAUAGCAACACUCCAUCGCCGUCCCCCAUCAAUACGUCUGCAAACUUGAUGCCACAGCCACUCGUUUCUCCCUCAACGAGCAACAUGAGUGUUGCGUCCAUGGUCUCACCUACCACCCCAGCAAGCAUUGACCACCGAAGACACGAACGCCCACAAUCCAUCGAAUCAGUUCCAAAUGGCAACCACUGGAAUGGCGAUCAUCUCGACCAACCCGUGUCUCGCAGAGAAAGCGUGGACAGCAGAAUUUUGAACCAAGGUAUAGGGGAUAUGAGAUUAGGCAACUCACCCUACACAAGUCACAAUCCGUCUACGACGUCUAUACAAAAUGCCCUGUUGCAGCAACGGAAUCCUCGACCCGCGCACCUCGACAGCUUGUCAGUUCACAGAAUCUCAAACGGAUACCAACCGAGCAACGACAGGACACCAGACCUUCACCCCAAAAUUGCUCGUACGGCCCCAGCGAUCACUGGACCGGCGACGGGCAACAUAGCACGCGCCGCCGAGCCAACCAAAGGACAAGCAUGGGCGUUUCCAGAAGAGGAGAUCCAAAGAUUGCCUUCUGCCAGUCAAAGCUUGGUCGAUUCGCGCAGAAGCAGCGUUGCUGAGUCGUUGGCGAGUAGCCAAUUUACCACAGAAUCACGACUGCCGCCUGGCCAGCGCCAUUUGGAUGACGGCCUCCACCAGUCGGAGCGCUUUUCCAAUGAAUAUCCCGCUGUCCAUCAUCAUACACUACAGCAUAAACAGAUUGGCGAGCUCCAGGGGGAUGCUGCCGGUCUAGCUCCAGGUUCGCAGCCGUACAGCCGGACGCCAGAACUGCGACGGAGUCACAAGCUUGCGGAACGCAAGCGGCGGACCGAAAUGAAGGAGCUAUUUGAAGAGCUCCGUGACCUCAUGCCACAGGAACGUGGGUCCAAAGCCUCCAAAUGGGAGAUCUUGACAAAAGCCAUCGCCGAACACAAGAGACAGGCAGACACGAUUCGCAGCAUGCACCAGACCAAUGGUAGUCUCCAUCAAGAGCUAGAAGCCAUGAGGCGAGAUGUGAUGGCGCUUCGUGGCGAAAACACACAGUUACGCAACGAGUUGGCAACAGCGUCCAAUUCACAUCAUAGUGUCAGUGCUUUGCCAAAUUUAUCGUCGCAGAACGGGAGUGACGGGUAUGGACGACCGACCUCUCUCAGGCAAGAGCUUCCACCUCUGAGGUCUUUGAACAAUGGAAUACCUGGACCGCCCGACACAAUGACUGGGGUUCAAUACGAGCAACCGAGAGCCAAUGGAUACCGCUAGAUUUAUGAGCAAAAUCCACGUGUGGCCGUUUGCUAGUACAGUUAGGUCCCAAAGACUAUACAAUCGGCGAUCUCUACGGAGCUUGAAGAAAACAUCAAGGUCUUCCGAGGAACAGCUAGCAACUCUGCCGGACAUAUCGGUCGAUCACAGCCCAAGGCACUGAUCCCGAGGGAUGCCUACUCUCUAGCCUGGUUCCCCAUCACGGGUGCCGACCCGACCCGACCAGUGCGAAAGCGGCCUUCGUGGUGGCGAGUGACGGCCGAAUGGAUCAACAAUCGAACACCAACGCCCGCCCAUGACUGGCUGUGCCAAAAUCUCUCCUUUGUCAACACGAAAAUAAUUCAUCUUCUAACCAUGUUUUUGGCAUUACAUUUUCAACUGAGCUACAUGGGCUUAAUGACCGGAUUCCUGGACUGGGUAAGCUUUGACAUAUCAAGCCGGGGUACGAAUACCAUAUCUGACAUGAGCCGAUCUUGUCCUCGCUCUCUUCUUUCUGAUUCUUGUUUUUCUUCUCUUUUCUCUUCUUUUUCUUCUCUUUUUUGAGUGUAUAUACCCCUUGUUGGCACCCUACAAAGGGUUGCUUUUGCUAUGGUUGUUGCGGUAGUGAUUUUGGAAUCAAAAGCUGGAGAACGUUGUACCUUGGCCGACGCUUAUCAUGGAAUUGUAACGGCCAGGAACUUGGUUCAUUUGUACAAACAAUGGAUUGGAAGCAUGUGUCUUUUUAUCCCUGUCGCAACAGGUUGUGCAGACGCAUAGCAUUGAGCAACAUUGAUUCUUGCAGCCGAGCAGAUGCUGGACAAAGUUAUAUGUAUUCAUG